AUGGAUCCAUCUCUCCGAUCCCAUUAUCUCGCCGACAAUCCUCCCACGGUCGUUCAAUUGGAGAUCGCCCCUCAUUUCGCCGCCCUCUCGCCGAAACAAAAGCGCUAUGCACAUCACUUGAGUCGGGCUUCCCUUCAUGGAACUCGCGUAACUCUGACUCAAGUCUCUCCCGAGUCUCCAGUCAUUUACGACCUCAUCCUGGCACUGCAUCGUGCUUGUGACGGCGACUACAAGAAACUCUCCGACGAUACCUCAGUCUCCUCGUCCGACAUCACAUUAUGGCUGGAGUACUCUGCACAGUUUCUGGGUAACUGCGGCAAUUACAAGGGAUUUGGUGACUCCAAGUUCAUUCCCCGGAUUGCACCUGAAUCAUUGGAGAAGCUCUCCAAGGUCAAUAACGAAUGCAAGGCCCUUCAUGACAAGGCUGUGAAGACAGGAGGCGGGAUAUAUGAGACAAAAGACGUGGCUUUGAUGCACCUGGGGUAUCCAGAAGCUGGACACAUGACAAACUACUACCCAGAUUCGCCGACUAUCACAAAGGAAGAAAUCUCCAUCGUUGGUGAUGUGCUUGAAGAGAAGAAGCUCCUGAUAGAAAAUACUCGGCUGCGGAAGUUACAGUCCGGAGAUUUUGACUUGCUCAUUGCAUCAGGAGUUUCCAAUCCGCCUGUCGAGGAGAGAGACCUGAAUGGUCUGUCGUCGAUUUCCCUGACUGGCAAACUAGCAGGGAAGAAGCUUAAUCUUGUCUUCGGCGACUAUCAAGAUCAGAUGGCAAAAAUAGCUGUGGAGUUCAAGAAAGCACGGAAGGAGGCCGCCAAUGAGAUUGAAGAGAAGAUGCUGGACGAGUACGCCAGGUCUUUCGGGACUGGCAGUAUCCAAGGUUUUGUGGAAUCUCAGCGCUACUGGAUCAAAAACAAAGGCCCCGUUGUCGAAACUGACAUAGGCUUCGUUGAGACAUACCGAGACCCUCAUGGUGUCCGUGGCGAGUGGGAAGGAUUUGUGGCGAUGGUCAAUCAAGAGAGAACACGAGCUUUCGGCAAACUAGUCGACGCUGCACCAAGUAUGAUCCCCAAGCUACCAUGGAGCAAGGAAUUUGAAAAAGACAAAUUUUUGAGUCCGGACUUCACUUCCCUGGAGGUCUUGACCUUCGCCGGGAGUGGCAUCCCAGCCGGGAUCAACAUUCCCAACUAUGAUUUUAUCAGACAGAACGAAGGCUUCAAGAAUGUCAGUCUGGGCAACGUGUUGAGCGCAAAAGCGCCAAAUGAGCCUAUACCAUUCAUUCGCAAAGAGGAUGACCAACUGUUCCGUAGCUACCGCGACCCGGCAUUCGAGGUCCAGGUUGGCAUCCACGAAUUGCUCGGUCAUGGCUGCGGUAAGCUACUCCAGGAAACUGCUCCUGGCGAGUUCAACUUCGAUGCGCAGAAUCUACCAAUUAGUCCUGUUACCAAGAAACCUAUCACUUCAUGGUACAAGCCUGGGCAGACCUGGUCAAGCGUGUUUGGCUCCAUUGCCUCCUCGUAUGAGGAAUGUCGGGCGGAAUGUGUGGCUAUGGCGCUUUCGUGCGACUUUGAAAUCCUCAAGAUUUUUGGGUUUGGUGAUGGCACGGAAGAUGUUAGUAACACAGCCGGGGACGUCCUUUACGUGGCAUAUCUGCAAAUGGCUCGAGCGGGUGUCGCUGCACUUGAGUACUGGGAUCCAAAAUCCCGAAAAUGGGGCCAAGCACAUAUGCAAGCGCGAUACUCAAUUUUGCGUACAUUCAUGGAUGCCGGCGGCAAUUUCUGCGAACUCAAGGCGUUGAACGGAGAUCUGAACGAUCCUGACGACCUCGAGAUUUUCCUGGAUCGGAGUAAAAUCCUUUCACACGGUCGGCCGGCAGUCGAAGCAUAUCUUCAGAAGCUCCAUAUCUACAAGGCCACGGCGGACUUUGAAGCAGGAAAGAAGCUAUACGAUGAGAUCACUAGCGUCGAUGAAUGGUGGGCAAACAAAGCGAGACCUAUCGUGCUCAAGAAGAAGACACCGCGGAAGGUUUUUGUGCAGGCCAAUACCGUGCUGAACGAAGAAACUGGGGAAGUUGACUUGGUUGAAUAUGAGCCCACUCUUGAAGGGAUGGUGAAGAGUUACCUUGAAAGAGACGUCUAA